AUGGCCAUAUUUCUAGCACAUGCUAACAAGUCAAAAGCUCCGGAACGAAAUGAAAAACGUAGUUUAAAGAAGAAGCCUAGCUUCAACAAAAGACCCAGUACUGUUAUGAAAGGUUUCAUGACGUUUCCUCGUGCGGACUCUAAACAUGGACAGACGUUGUUCAAUCCGGGACAAUAUAGUUACUGCGAUCAUUUCUGGGUACAUUUCUGGGUAGAAAUCACAGAUGUAAAACUUCUUAUCAAUUCUUUGAAUGUCUUGGGUUUGCCUGGCCAGUUGAUAAAUCUCAUCAAAUUGCAGAGACAUGAAUUCCUGCACCUACUUGCGUCCUCUCUCAAAAAUCAUCCUUGGAAAGUCCAAUUGUCCAUAUUUACAGCUCUUAUUGGCUAUGUUAAUAAAGUAUCAGAUGACGAGGAUGUAUAAUUCCUUGGUGAGAUUUUUUUGAUUUCUUUUUCUGAGCUGUACCCUUGCCUUGAAAAUCUUAAAUACGCUGCAAUCCGUCUGAAAAGUUUGGAUUUGGCUCACGACUUGUUGCUGUUGGUCGAGAGAACUAGUUUCGUACUUGACAGUAAACACAAAGAAAAAGUUCGCGAACUGUAUCGUGUUCUUGCAAUUUUGAGAAACGACAACAACGAAAAUGUGAAAAGCAAAUCUUUAAAACUCGAUGUCCUUGUAAAGAAAUUCAUGUAGGCAAACCGUUGAAAAUUGACUUUUGUGAAGGCUGAAGCCGAAUAGAAAUGAUAUUGAUAAUCAAUACAGUUAAUAGAAUUAA